AUGGAAAGGGGAAUCAGCAUCGCGAUUGACCGUGGUGGCACGUUCACCGAUUGUGUGGGUAACCCAGGCACAGGACGCAUGGAAGAUGACAUCGUCAUCAAGCUAUUGUCGGAAGACCCAUCCAAUUAUGAAGAUGCCCCGAUCGAAGGUAUCCGGCGGAUCCUCUCCAAAUUCACCGGCCGAGAGAUCCCUCGUGGGGAGCCAAUAGAUACCUCCCAGAUCCGAAGCAUCCGUAAAGGCACCACUGUCGCCACAAAUGCGUUGUUGGAAAGAAAGGGCGAAAGAAUGGCCCUCAUUGUAACCAAGGGCUUCAAGGACUGUCUUCUGAUCGGAAACCAGUCUCGUCCAAAAAUCUUCGACCUAUCCAUCCAGCGCCCAGACGUCCUAUACGAUCGGGUUGUCGAAAUCGACGAACGAGUCACGCUAGAGGACUAUGCGGAAGAUCCCACUCGGCAAACGACACCGACGCCUCCACGGGAAGAAACUGGUCCAGAUGUAGAUCUUGUGCGUGGCUUGUCAUCCGAGGCCGUUCGGAUCCUCAAAAGGCCCUCCGAAGGUAUUGCAGGCUUCAAAGGCGGACUGGGCACUGAAAAUGUCAAGAGACAUGGAGAAGUCCAGAGUGCUCGCUGCGAAUUCAUGCAAUCUGAUGGCGGUUUAGUAGAUGUCGAUAGGUUCUCUGGCUUGCGAGCGAUUCUCUCCGGUCCUGCCGGCGGCGUGGUAGGGUAUGCAUUAACUUCUUAUGACCCCAAGACCAAAAUCCCGGUGAUCGGAUUCGAUAUGGGUGGUACCAGCACCGACGUCAGCAGAUAUGGUUCGGGCCGGUACGAACAUGUCUUCGAAACCACUACUGCCGGAGUGACCAUCCAGUCACCACAGUUAGACAUCAAUACGGUUGCAGCCGGUGGCGGUUCCCGACUCUUCUUCCGUAAUGGCCUCUUCGUCGUCGGCCCUGAGUCUGCCGGUGCCCAUCCCGGACCUGCCUGCUAUCGCAAGGGAGGUCCAUUGACAGUAACCGAUGCCAAUCUCUUCCUUGGUAGAUUGAUUCCCGAAUUCUUCCCUAAGAUCUUUGGCCCACAUGAAAACGAGGGACUAGAUGAAGCCGCCAGUCGAAAGCUCUUCGAAGAUCUGGCCGCAGCCAUCAACAAGGACCAAAAUAAGAAGAUGACUGCCGACGAAGUGGCCUUCGGGUUUAUUAAAGUCGCCAAUGAGACAAUGACUCGCCCCAUACGUUCUCUCACAGAAGCAAAGGGCCAUGACACCUCCAAGCAUAGAUUGGCUACCUUCGGCGGCGCGGGUGGGCAGCAUGCAGUCGCAAUUGCACAGAAUCUAGGCAUCCGCCAGAUUCUGAUUCAUCGAUACUCCUCAGUCCUUUCGGCCUAUGGAAUGUCAUUGGCAGACGUCGUCGAUGAAAAACAAGAACCGGAAUCAAAAACAUGGUCCGACACAAACGAUAAGAAGCCCGCUGCUGAGUACGGCGGAGAUGAAUGGGCGUUUGGCGACGCCUUUGUUAGACAACACGAACAGGAGUUUGGUUUCACAUUGCCUGACAGAGACAUCAUGGUCGACGAUGUACGUGUCAGGGGUAUAGGAAAGACAUUCAACGGGCUGGAGAAAACAGUAGAUGACCAACUCAAGGAGGCCAAGCCGAAGGACGUUACGAAUAAAGAAUGCCUCAAACGCCAAGUGUACUUCGAUGGAGGUCGACUUGAAACGCCUGUCUACAAGCUGGAUGAUCUCGCGGUCAAUGAUCGCGUGAAAGGGCCUGCUAUCAUAGUCGACGACACCCAAACAAUAGUGGUUACUCCGGAUGCGACUGCUCUGCUCACAGAUACCCAUGUUGUCAUAAACAUCGGCGAAGCCGACACAUCUGAUCAGAAGCCCAGCGCAAGCGGCAUGGACCCCAUCCUGUUGAGUAUUUUCUCACACCGGUUCAUGGCCAUCGCAGAACAGAUGGGACGUGCUCUGCAGAAGACGAGUGUCAGUACUAACGUGAAGGAGCGACUUGACUACUCGUGCGCCCUCUUCGAUUCCGAGGGAGGCCUUGUUGCGAACGCACCGCAUCUCCCCGUUCAUCUUGGUAGCAUGUCAACCUGCGUGCGGAUGCAAGCUCGGAUUUGGGAAGGGAAGUUGAAACCUGGUGACGUGAUUGUGUCAAAUCAUCCUGAAUACGGUGGAACUCAUCUGCCGGAUAUCACCGUUUUACAACCCACCUUUAACGAAGGGAAGAUCAUAUUUUACGUUGCUUCUCGAGCACAUCAUGCGGAUAUAGGAGGUAUUCUCCCAGGCUCUAUGCCGCCGCAUUCCAAGGAAUUGUACCAAGAGGGCGCUGCAAUCAAGUCGGAGAAAUUGGUCUCUGAAGGGAAGUUUAAUGCUGAAAAGAUGGAACAGCUGCUGUACCAUGAUCCAGCCCAAUACCCCGAUUGCAGUGGGACUCGAUGCCUUGCAGACAAUAUGAACGACUUGAAGGCCCAGAUUGCUGCCAACAAGAAAGGCAUCAAUCUGAUCAACUCCUUGAUUGAGGAGUACGGGGAAGAUGUGGUCUUAUUCUACAUGAAGAAAAUCCAAGACAAUGCCGAGCUCAGUGUCAGGAACCUUCUGAAAGAUGUCAGCAAAAGGUUCGGGGGCAAAGAUCUCAGCGCUGUCGACUUCAUGGAUGAUGGCAGCCCUAUUAAUUUGAAGAUAACGAUCGACGAGCAACGGGGAGAGGCUGACUUCGAUUUCAGUGGAACUGGUCCAGAGGUCUAUGGGAAUAUCAAUGCACCCGAGGCUGUGACAUAUUCAGCCAUCAUUUACUGCCUAAGAUGUCUGAUCUCCGAUGACAUUCCCUUGAAUCAAGGCUGUUUGACUCCUAUCAGGGUCAAGAUACCAAAGAAUUGCCUACUUUCUCCCUCGGGUACUGCGGCUGUAGUGGGUGGAAAUGUCCUCACGAGCCAACGGGUGACGGACGUAAUCUUCAAAUGUUUCAACGCUUGUGCAGCAUCCCAAGGAGAUACCAAUAACCUGACGUUCGGAUUCGGCGGUAACCUGCUUGGAAAAGAUGAGACAAAGGGAUUUGGAUACUACGAGACUAUUGCGGGUGGGAGCGGAGCAGGCCCCAACUGGGAUGGCACUUCGGGUGUCCAUACCCAUAUGACAAACACUCGCAUUACUGACGCAGAAAUCUUUGAGCGACGGUAUCCUGUCAUACUCCAUGAGUUCAGUCUACGACCAGGCUCUGGAGGAAACGGACAACACCGCGGCGGCGAUGGGGUCAUUCGAGAUAUCGAAUUUCGCAUUCCUGUCCAAGUCUCCAUCCUGUCGGAACGCAGAUGCUAUCGGCCGUAUGGGUUGGAAGGCGGCGAAGACGCCCAGUGUGGUCAAAACAUAUGGAUUCGGAAAGUCCCCGGUCAGAAUGGAGACACACAAACGAAGUUCAUCAAUUUGGGAGGUAAGAAUACCGCCAAUAUGCAACCGGGAGAGCGCAUUGUCAUCAAGACACCCGGAGGUGGUGGAUGGGGCAAAGCGGGCUCUGAAAAACAGAUCCGCAAAGAGCGAGAUGCGCGACAUGCCUGGUACGGUGGUUCGGUAGCGAGCAGUCUGUCAACACAGGAAUCAAGCAUGUGA